AUGGCUGAAGCUCCUCCUCCUCCCCCUCCUUCUCCUCCUCCCCCAAAAUCCUCUUUCUCUAACCCACCCACUCCCUCCCUUCUUCCUCAUCUUUCCCACCUCGUUUCUGUGAAACUUACCAAUGACAAUUUUCUGCUAUGGCGCACUCAAAUGAUAUCUUAUCUCAAAGGACAGAGGCUCUUUCACUAUGUGGACGGCUCUGUCCAGCCCCCUCCUCGUCUUCUUGCAGACAACAUCACCAUCAACCCAGAUUAUCUCACCUGGCUUCAAACAGAUCAGCUCAUCCUCAGCGCACUAAUCUCCUCCCUCUCCGAUUCCCUCAUCGCUCAAGUCGUUGGUCACCAAACUGCCCGCGAUGCUUGGGCCGCCCUUGAAAGACUUUUUGCCUCUCAAUCUCAUUCUCGCAUCAUCCAGUUGCGUUAUCAAUUAGCCACAAUUUCCAAAGGUUCCUCCUCUGUUUCAGACUAUUUUGGCAAAGUAAAACAUCUAUCCGAUACAAUGAGUGCUGCUGGUUCUCCUCUUUCUCCCCCUAAGUUCAUCUCUUACCUUCUCGCUGGCUUAAACAGUGAUUACGAUGCCUUUGUGACCUCUGUCACAGCUCGUGUCGAACCUCUCUCUUCAGAAGAACUAUACAGCCUCCUACUCACUCAUGAAAAUCGUCUCUCUCACUCCAGUCACCUUCCCACCCCAACAAACUUCUCGGCCAAUUUUACCUCCAACUCCUCCACUCAUUCUCGAGGCUCCAAUCGUGGUUCCAACUCUCGAGGUGGUUACCGUGGUCGUGGCCAAGGUCGCACAUCCUCUGGUUCUCAUCAAUCACCUCACUCUCCAUCUCCUCUACCACACAACAAACCAACCUGCCAAAUUUGA